CCUUUCUCCAUAAACCUUGGCCAAUUUUGACAGCCGCUUUGAGAUCGAAUCGGCUUGCUUCGAAGCGUCUGCCAUUUGUUUUUUUUCGCCUGUGUGAAAGAAAAUUAUUGAUUUUAGAGGUUGCAAAUAACUUGACUACGGUGUUUUGAGGAAAUGGCACGUUCGAAAAAUCGCUCCGAUUCGGAGGAAUCGGAAAAGGCCGACAAGAAGCAGCGCGGUCGCGACAAGGAGCGCAAAAAGCGCAGCUCCAGCAGCAGCGAUAGUAGCGCCAGCUCAUCCGGUAGUAGCUCGUCACGCAGCAGUUCCGGUUCCCGGUCGAGCUCAUCCAGCAGCAGCUCGUCAUCUUCCAGCUCUUCGUCGUCAUCCAGCAGUGAAGCCGAUCGUUCCCGCACCAAGCGCAAAACGAACACUCGCUCACGGUCGCGCAGCAAGAGCCCAGCCGAACCGGCCCAAAACUGGGACAAACAGUCGGCGGCAACUGCCAAGGAACCGGCCGCAGCAAAGGGUACGAGUGUGCGUUCGAAAUCGAAGGACCGGUCAGAUCGUCGCAGCUCCGAACCACGCGACAAUGACAAAGAAAACAAACAGGGCCGGGCAGCAUCGGUUGACAAAUCGAACAAAGAUUCACGUAGCCGCCGUUCCCGGUCCGGGUCGUCGAAGCGAAAGCGCCGCGAGCGUUCCGUUACACCGCGCCCAAUACGCAUCCACAUUGGGCGACUAACGCGCAACGUUAACCGGGACCAUAUUAUGGAGAUUUUCAGCUCGUACGGUGAGAUACGGCACGUCGAUUUCCCCAUGGAUCGGUUCCAAACGUUUGGCCGUGGGUUCUGCUACGUGGAGUACGUCGAUCCGGACGGUGCCGAAAAUGCGAUGAAAAACAUGGACGGCGGACAGAUCGAUGGGCAGGAAAUAACGGCUUCACCGGUGCUGGUGCCGAAAACCCGACCACCACCGAGACGCCCGUCGCCGAUAAUGCGCAACAAUCGGCCGAUGCCGCGCUGGCGAGCGUCACCGAUGCGUUACCGCCGUCGUCCAUCGAUUCGACGCAGCCCGAGACGCAGACGUUCCCGCAGUCCGGUGCGAAGACGCCGCCAGAGUAACAGCUCGGACAGUUCGCGCUAGGACGAGCGUUCCGAGCAAACGGAGCACAUGCGUCGGUCUAGUUUUUACCAUUUUGAAUUUCAUACCUUACUGCACUUGCUUGCAAAGGAAAAAGGGAGAAAAAAGGAAAUAUCCUUUUUUUUUUAAAUAACAUUUUACCUGUGUGUGCGUGUGCAUCAUCGAGCCCAGAGAAAUCUGGAUUCAUUUUGAUUUUCUUCUACGUAUCUACCGGUUAGGGUGGGCUGAGCAGCAGAGAGCUUUCAUUUUCCAAUUGAAAAUGAACUGAGCACUGGCUCACUCCUUGCCUUCUUCAUACGGUCAGUUUCGGGCGGAGAAUGUGACAUUUAUGUUCAAUUACACGUAAAACCUGUAGCAUAAAAUAAACAGAUUAUGGAUUAAAAUAAAAAA